AUGUGGGGGAAGAAAAAGCCGAACACCAUGGCUAAGCAGUACGACGUGCUGUUCCGACUCCUGCUCCUCGGAGAUUCCGGGGUUGGGAAAACAUGUUUGUUAUGCAGAUUCACGGACAACGAGUUUCACCCGUCUCACAUCUCCACAAUCGGAGUCGACUUCAAAAUGAAGACGCUAGUAAUAGAUGGUAUCAAAGUACGGAUACAGAUAUGGGACACUGCGGGCCAAGAAAGGUACCAGACCAUCACCAAGCAGUACUACAGACGAGCACAGGGAAUCUUCCUGGUGUAUGAUAUCACGAGUGAGCGAUCCUUCCAACACAUCAUGAAGUGGGCCAGUGAUGUGGAUGAGUAUGCACCCGAGAAGGUCCGGAAGAUACUCGUAGGGAACAAGUCAGAUGAGGUGGACAAGAGGCAGGUGGCCACAGAGCAAGGAGUCAAGCUGGCCAAGGCGUACGGAAUGGAUUUCUUUGAGACAAGUGCCUUCACCAACCAAAACAUAUCCGAGACUUUCACACGAUUGGCUGAACAGGUGCUGGCGGCCAAUAAAAAGGACCUGGAUCUUCUCCGGAUGUCUGUUAACGACGAAAUUAAUCUCGCUGCUCUGGAGGAAGAGGAGGGACUCUGUGACAGCGGAUCGGGCGACCAAGGCAAAGGCUGCUGGUGUUAAAGAAACCAUUCAAAUCGGACAGUCUGUUACCACCGGACACUUUGCACACCAGGCAAAACGUUUCUUUUGAAACAUGGAGGAACGUUGAAGCUGCAACUUUUAAAACCAGCCAACGUUCCUUUGUUCCAUGCGCCAAAAAAAAAUGCUUGCGAGCGGUCUCAAGGUGGAAACAUUUUGCCUCACAGUGCCAGGUGUGUGGUGGACUAACCAGGUGAAGCUUCAAAUGUCGAGAUUUCCCUCAGUGGGACAGAAUGUUGAUUGUCCCCCUGCUGAGUUCAGUGUCUAUAAUGUAACCAAAUGCAUUUCCAUGUUCUCUACAUAUUCUGCAAUGGAGAUGCAGUCAAAAGGACUUGACACAAAGAUCCGAUUGUAUAAUCGUUUCUUACGGUGUUUGAAAAUGGAGAAUGACUUUGAAUUGUCGACCACUGAACCACUUGAAACUUUUCACAAUGUCGUAUUUUGUUUCCCCAAGCGCUGUCUCUUAUAUUGAUCAUAGGGCCUGUUGCCUUUCAAAUCAACGAUGCGAUUGAUUCCAUUUGGCCUUCAUUCAUCCGGUCAGUGUUUUCCUGUCUAUGCAGGAGUAGGCACCCCUGCACACACAGCCCUUUUCUACUCUCCAAUGCGUUAGAUGUAGUGGAGGAACUUAACCACAAGAGGGUGCUAUGUGCAUUGUGAAAAUGGCAAACACUGGAGAGUUGUCCUGUUAAAUAAUGCUAGUUUGCUCACGUUUCUUAUUUUUGGAUUUUGAUUGUAAAUGACUCCAUUUAAUGCAAUGAAAUGAUUCUAAAUAUAUGCAGCAAUAUUAUUUUAUUCUUUUUGUUCAAUUAUCGGGUAAGUAAAUACAUUUUGCAGCUUGCAACAUCAUCUACGUAAGACCAAGAUGACAAAGACAAAGAUGUAAGUUGUUAACUGAGGGAAACAUUGACAGAAAAUAUUCAACUUCCCUGUAGCAAAAUGCUGAGAUCAUGUUAUAAUCUGUGCUUCUGGAAAAAAAUAUAUAUAUAUAUAGCACAAAGAGUUUAAAAACUGCUCAUUACAUUGUACAUACCAGUUUUUUCAAAGCAUUAUACGUUGGUAGAACUAUGAGGGUAUUGCAUUAAUUUAAUGUAUUAUUAGAGGGCGGCAUUUAAAAAAGAAAAAAAGUGAUGUUCUGGUCUAAAAUGUCCCCCCCCCCGUGAAGAUAUUUACUUCGUUGUCCUUUUCUUGCCGUUUUGUACGAGUCCAGUCCAAGUUCCCCACCCACCUCUCUUACUUAAAAGGGGACAAUUGAGGGGUUUGCAUGUGAUUCACUCCUCUUUCUUUUAGUGCAACUUCAAUGAAGUUAAUCCUCAACUGGCCACACAAGAAUAGCAUUGGACCAGAGUUGCCUGUUUGUGACCGAAUCAGAAUCCCUAUCACCAGAAAAAAAUGGCCACUUAUUACUAAAUGCUACUCAAAACAGUUGUGAUCUGUGCACAGUGUGGAAUGGUAAGAUGUUGUUCUGAACGAUGUGCUGGGCUAAGCUCUAGAUACACUAUGUAUCUGUGUUUUCAAGAAUUUGUAUUCUUUCUUUCAGACUACUUCAACUUGUAUUUGUGGAAAUAUAUUACACGCAACAUGUAAAAUGCAACAUGUUAAUCUUGGAGAUGUCGGAUGUAUCUGAGUAAAUACUUGCAGAUA